AUGAACGGAUUCGACAAGCUCCAAUACGAAGAACACCGUCUCAAAGAAUGGCAUUCCCUACCACACUCCGCCAACCGCAGACCACCAACAUCCUACUCUCCAGAGCACACAAUCCCACCACCAACACACUCUUACGAACUAUCCACUCUCGACAAACCAAAUACCAAACGUAACCGGUUUAUACUCAUACUAGCCAUAUCGGCUAUCGUAGUGCUGGGUGUUGUGGCCGUUAUAUCGGUAGGCACAGUCAAGAAAUGGUGGGGGAAUACCAGCAGUCAGUCAAAUAUACAGCCUGAUCCGGCAUGGGUGGUUUCUGCGAUACCGAAUACCAGGACGUAUAAUUUCGUGGUGUCGAGUAUCACGGGAUCGCAGGAUGGAGUUGUCAAGCAAAUGCUUGUUGUUAAUGGACAAUACCCAGGCCCUCUGAUAGAAGCCAAUAUGGGAGAUCGCAUUAUCGUCAAUGUGCAAAAUAAUCUGGUUAAUGGGACUGCUUUACAUUGGCAUGGAUUACAUCAGAAUGGAUCUAACUGGAUGGACGGUACUGUCGCAGUAACGCAAUGUCCUAUACCGCCUGGUGGCAAUUUCACGUAUGAUUUCACGGUUCCGGAUCAGUAUGGUACCUUUUGGUGGCAUGCACACGCCAGCACCCAAUACAACGACGGCAUAGUCGGCCCCCUCAUAAUCCACUCCCCCUCCGACCCACUCCAAAACACAUACGACAAGGACGUCGUAAUCCUCCUCACAGACUGGUACCACGAUUUCUCUCAAUCGCUCGUCGCUACUUACCUCACAACCGGCCUCCCAAACAACCCAUCCGCCGAACCAGUACCCGACAAUGGUCUUAUUAACGGACAAAACAUAUUCAACUGCUCGAGUAAUCUAGCGAGAACGUGUAACGGUGGUGGAAGUCGCGCGGCAUUUAAUUUCUUACCGGGGUUGAAAUAUCGGCUGAGGUUGAUUAACGUGGGAGCGUUUGCGGAUUUCAUGUUUAGUGUUGAUGGACACGAGUUGAGUGUUGUGGAGGCUGAUUCGACCGUUGUGAAUCCAGUUGUGGUGCAUCGGGUGCCGAUACAUGUUGCGCAGAGGUAUUCGGUAAUUCUAACAACAAACCAGCCCUCUUCUGCCUACUGGAUCCGCGCAUCCAUGACCCAAUCCUGCUUCAAAUACACCCCGUCAUGGCUAAACCCAAACAUCCUCGCCAUACUCCGGUACUCGACAGUCGACUCCUCCACCACACCAACAUCCCUCGACUGGAACGACGAUACGUCGUCUCAACCAUCAUCGUGUAUAGACCUCUCACCAUCCAUGCUGGUCCCCACAAUCCCGAAAACACCGCCGGUAGCUACAUCGCGGUAUAAUCUCAGUAUCUCGUUUACGAAUGCGGGUAAUGGAGCAACCACAAACAGGGGUUUCAUAAAUGGGAUGACGUGGACGCCUUAUAUGAAUACGAGUAGUCUGGCGCUUGCGAAUGUGGGUGGAUUGGUUAGUACGAGUACGAGUUAUGUCGAGACUGUGGGGAAUGUGACUGUUGCUGAUCUCGUGUUGAAUAAUCUUGAUGUUGGUGCCCACCCAUUCCACAUGCACGGCCUCCCGCUCUACAUCCUCGCCAUGGGAUCCGGCCUCUUCACAGGCGCGACACCAACCAAUAUCACUAACCCGUUGCGGCGCGACACGGUAGUGCUUCCAUCUAACGGGUACGCGAUUGUGCGAAUCAUAUUCGACAACCCGGGGAUAUGGACGCUGCAUUGUCAUAUCUCGUGGCAUAUGAGUGCUGGCUUGCUGAUGCAGUGGCAGGUGCUGCCGAGUGUUGUGAGGGGGUGGAGCAUUCCGAGUGCGGUUGGUGCGUUGUGUAAGAGCGCUGGGGUUGGAGGUGCGCUUACGGGAUAA